GCCACCGCCCUGCGCCGCCGCCGGAGCCGCAAGAGCCACGAUGGACGACAUCUUCACGCAGUGCCGAGAGGGCAACGCAGUGGCCGUGCGCCUCUGGUUGGACAACACCGAGAAUGACCUCAACCAGGGGGAUGACCACGGCUUCAGCCCCUUGCACUGGGCCUGCCGUGAGGGACGCUCCAACGUGGUUGACAUGCUUAUCAUGCGGGGAGCACGCAUCAACGUCAUGAACCGUGGUGACGACACCCCGCUGCAUCUGGCUGCCAGCCAUGGCCACCGCGACAUUGUGCAGAAGCUGAUCCAGUUCAAAGCAGACAUCAAUGCCGUGAACGAGCAUGGGAACACGCCUCUGCACUAUGCCUGCUUCUGGGGACAUGACCAGGUGGCGGAGGACCUGGUGGGCAAUGGGGCCUUGGUCAGCAUUGCUAACAAAUAUGGUGAGACGCCCAUUGACAAAGCCAAGACACCACUGCGAGAAGUCUUGAAAGAGCGUGCCGAGAAGCUGGGCCAGAGCCUCACCAAGAUCCCCUACAAGGAUACCUUCUGGAAGGGCACGACCCGCACGCGUCCCAGAAAUGGGACUCUCAACAAACUUGCUGGAAUAGACUUCAAACAGCUGACCUUGAGCCAAAAACUCAAUGAGAACCAGUCAGGAGAGUUGUGGAAAGGGCGCUGGCAAGGCAACGACAUUGUCAUCAAAAUGCUGAAAAUCCGGGACUGGACGACUCGGAAGAGCCGAGACUUCAACGAGGAAUACCCAAAGCUGCGGAUCUUUUCUCACCCCAACGUGCUACCGGUGCUGGGCGCCUGCCAGUCCCCCCCAGCGCCCCACCCCAUUGUCAUCAGCCACUGGAUGCCCUAUGGCUCCCUCUACAAUGUGUUACAUGAAGGGACAAACUUUGUGGUGGAUCAGAUGCAGGCAGUGAAAUUUGCCUUUGAUAUUGCACGGGGCAUGGCCUUCCUGCACACGUUGGAGCCCCUCAUUCCACGCCACCACCUCAACAGCCGCAGCAUCAUGAUCGACGAGGACAUGACAGCACGGAUCAGCAUGGCUGAUGUGAAGUUCUCCUUCCAGUGCCCAGGGAGGAUGUAUGCACCAGCCUGGGUGGCACCAGAAGCCUUGCAGAAGAAGCCAGAGGAAAUUAACAGGCGCUCAGCUGACAUGUGGAGCUUCGCGGUGCUGCUGUGGGAGCUGGUGACCCGUGAGGUGCCAUUUGCAGACUUGUCCAACAUGGAAAUAGGCAUGAAGGUGGCACUGGAGGGGCUACGUCCAACCAUCCCACCCGGCAUAUCCCCACACAUCUGCAAGCUGAUGAAGAUCUGCAUGAAUGAGGACCCAGCCAAGCGCCCCAAGUUUGACAUGAUCGUGCCCAUCCUGGAGAAGAUGCAGGAGAAGUAGAGAGGGGGGUGCCUCCCAGCCAGCUGACGCUGCCAUGCUUCCCUCCCCGCCACCCCCAAGUGCCUUCUUUAACCCCAGAGCCAAGGGGAAGCAGGGAAUGCCCCCUCACCCUGAGCCAGCCAUGGACACACGGUACAGACAACGCUGCCUUCUCUGGAGCUGCUCUGCAGGCUUCAGACACUGUAGCACCAAAUCGAUGGCAGCACCUCCAUCCUCCCUGGCAGCUACGGACAGAGACUGAGCAGGAGGCCUGGCCCACAACUCUGAGCAUGGCUGGGCUCUGCUACCUGUGGGGCUGGGAUGGGGCUGUGGAGCCACCCUGUCCUCCUCGGCCCCAGGCCCAGAGCAGCUCACCCACUUAACAGUCUCACGUUAGGCAAUGCCCAGUCCUGGUGCUCUUCCCUACUAAGGACAGUGGGGUGAAGCUUGCCUGUUGCGCCCAGCACCACCCCAGCUUUGCGCUUCACUCUAUUGUUUCCAUCCAGGCCAUGUGGAAAAGCCGCCAGCAUCUGAAAUAAACAUUUGUUAUGAAAACUG